GGAAGACUGAGGGAUUGGGAGACUGAGGGGGAGGGAAAGGAGGGUUUACGACCACGGCUCGCAGGAGGAGGAGGAGCAAAGAGAAGAGAAGACAGAGAGUGUGUUGGGGGGAGCAAAGAGAAGAGAAGACAGAGGGUGUGUUGCCCAUCUGGGGCUGCACAACGAGUCGAGUCAAUUCGAGCUCGACUGGAACUCGCUCGAACUUACAAAUAUACUGAAAACAAUAAACGAGUUCACCGUCCGGCAUCUAGCCACCUGCCUACCAACAUCCCGUCAUCCAUCUCUGCCGAACUGCCAUCGGUAUCAGGCUCACCGCCUCACUGCCAUUGGACCUGCUCCUGCUCUUUUGAAGGCUGAGGUUCCUUGGUCAGCGGAUUUGUCGAUCGGAAGUCGUCAGAAGUGCAGGAUUUUGUUUACGGUUUUGUUGAUCAGAAGUCAUCAGAUUUGCAGGGUUUCGGUUGUUUGGUUUGGAGCGUCAUUGCCAGUGAAAGAUAGGACAGGUCGUGCAGCCUUUUGGUUUCCUUCUCCUUUUCUUUUCUCGUCUCGUGAGGUGUUUUUAGGUGAUGUUAUCCUGAGAGACCUACAAUUGAAGGCCAAAGCUUUAAAUUCUCUCAAACUUCCAGUUAUCGUGAAAGGGGGAUUCAUUGGUACAAUAACAUUGAAGAAUGAAAAGGAGGGAACGCAUGGAUUUGGAGGAAUCAGGCUGAGCAUGCUGUAUGGGCCUUUGUCAGAAUAAGCUACUCAAAUCUGUUUAUCUGCGAAAAACUGGGGACGUUUGAGGUAAGGUUCCUUUGGAUUUCGAAGGAAGCAAACAAAAAUUUGGUUACCUGAGUGGCUGAGUCUAUUGAAGGGUUUUUGAAGGUUAGAUGAUGCACGAUGGGAUUAUCUUGUUUGGUGGCGAGUUGAUACCUUGCUGGUUGGCAAAAGCAAAGACGGAGAUGAGGAGCCCUCUGGUGACGAACAAGUUAGUCCAUGGGGUUAAAAUCGAAUCUGAAAAAAGGUCCUUUUUCUUUUUCUUUUUUUCCUGAAUCUAUACAGAAUGACAAAUUUUUUUCCCGUAUGAGGAGUUUGUCUGCACUCGAUUCAAUGUUGACUGAAGUUGGGUGCACACUGGACUUUGACAUAAAAGGGUGUGUGAAGUCAGCAGCAUCGGCUCAUUCGACUCAGAGACUAAUGCAGUCCAAUUACCUUCGGAGACCAUAGCUUAAAGAGUACACUGCUCAAAAUACAUAUGGUGCAUGUGGCACGGUGUGUAAACACAUUGUGGUCACAACUGCAUGUAUGUUCUUCAUUACUCGUUGUUUGUUCUUCUCUAUACCAUUCUAUGGGUUCUUCAGUAAAAUUGUUCAGGAAACCACCAAGGAGAACAGAUGGCUCCAGUAAGCGUGUAGAGGAAAGGCUAAUUUUUCUCUUCAAACGUUGUUCUGACUUGAAGAGGUUGCAAAUGGUGCAUGCUCAAGUUGUGAAGUUUGGACUCCAUCAGGAUGUAUUUGUGGCAAGCAAACUAAUUCUUUUUUGUGUGGAUGCUGCAUCAUCAGUAGUAACAUCCCCAACAAUGGAUUAUGCUCUCUCUGUGUUCAAUCAGAUGGAUAACCCAGAUGGAUUUAUAUGGAAUACCAUGAUAAGAGGAUUUGGAAGAACCAAGAACCCAAUAGAAGCCAUUGUUCUCUACCAAAGGAUGCAGAAAUCUUCAGAUUCAGCUGUGACACUACAGGAUAACUUCACAUUUUCUUUCUUGCUUAAAAUAUGUGGGCAGUUAGCAUUGCUUGAAUUGGGUGAACAAGUCCACUCCACUUGUGUUAAGCAUGGUUUGGAUGCACAUGCUUUUGUUAGAAACACUCUUGUUCACAUGUAUGCGAUGUGUAAGUGUAUCACAAGUGCACAAAAAGCAUUCAGUGAAAUGGUUCAACCUGACUUGAUAACUUGGAAUGCCAUCAUUGAUGGCUGUCUCCAUUGUGAUAUGCCGGAGGAUGCCUUGAUAUUUUUCCAAAGAAUGCAAAAGAUGGGUAUUAUGCCAGAUGAAAUCACAUUGGUAGUUAUUCUCUCUGCAUGUGCUAAGAUGGGUGCUCUAGGUUAUGGUAGAUUAGUUCAUUCAUAUGCAGUUUUAGGUGGAUAUGGCGAACUUGUCUCGAUCAGAAACUCUUUAGUUGACAUGUAUGCAAAAUGUGGACAGAUCAAUGAUGCACGCCAGAUCUUUGAUCAAAUGCUUGAGAAGAAUGAAAUCUCUUGGAAUGCUAUGAUACAAGGGCUUGCCAUUCAUGGUCAUGCUAGAGAGGCCUUACGAGUGUUUUCAGAGAUGGAAAGUCUUGGGAAAGUGCCACCGAACAGUGUUACUUUUCUUAGUGUUCUAUGUGCUUGCAGUCAUGCUGGUUUAGUUGAUGAGGCGAAGAAGCAUUUUAAUGGAAUGGUAAUGAGAUAUGGAAUAAGUCCAGGUGCCAAGCACUAUGGUUCUAUGAUUGAUCUGCUAGGGAGGGCGGGGUUUGUUGAUGAAGCAUAUGCAUUCAUACAAAGAAUCCCAGGUGAAUAUAGAAAUGCAAUCAUGUGGAGGACUUUGUUAGGUGCAUGCCGGGUGCAUGGCAAGGUUGAGCUAGCAGAACAUGUGCGAAGGCAUCUUCUUCAUUUGGAGCCAGAUCACAGUGGAGAUUAUGUUCUUCUUUCAAACAUGUAUGCAACAAAGAAUAGAUGGAAGGACGUUGUGAUGGUGAGGCAGCACAUGAGAGACAGAGGAGUGCAAAAGCCAGAACCUGGAAAUAGCUUGAUAGAUUUGGGACCAAUUCUUGGAUGCUGCAUGUAACCUUCUUUGUUAAAAUUCACAAUUUCCAGCUACCUGAAGAGAUAUCUGACCAUGCAUUCCAAAGCAGAAACUGUAGUGCAGAUUAUGUUCUUUCCAACAUGUUUGCCACAAAGAAUAGGUGCAAAGAUGUUGUGAAGGUGAGACAGCACAUGAUGGACAGAGGUGAGCCAAAGCCAGAGCUUGGAAAUAGCUUGAUAAAUUUUGGAUGAAUUUCUUGAAUGCCAUAUAUAUAAUUUUCAUAUCUGAGAAAUUACAAUUUUCAGCUACCCGAGGAGCUAGGUGACCAUUUAUUCCAUGUCGCCGCCAGCUGCCCCACCUGCAGAGGGUAUCUAAGUAGCAUUUAAGAAGUUGAGGCUGGAAGAGCUCUAUGAAAGGAUGUUGAUCGGGAACUGUCAUUCCUCGUCGUUUGUAGGUAAUAGAAGAAACUAGAGUGUGAUUUAUGGAUUUCAGUAGUCAUUUAGGUUAGCUUUAGGAUUGAAGUACCAAAUAUUAUGCAAAAAUCAAUAAAGCAAAUUCUUUGUUCUUCAAAAUGGACUUUUUUUUUUGAAUUGUUAGAAAGAGGAUUAUACAGGUUUUAUCAAAUUUGGGCACCAUUUCCCCCCUGAUCUGAGCUAUUUUUGAAUAGCUCCGUGUAUUAUAUUUUGCAUAAUAUAGGGUAUUGUAGGUACUAUGGUUAUUUUGGUCAUUUUUCUUCAUCUCUGUCAUCUAAGACAGAAAUCCAUCCUUCUGUCCGGCAUGUCUAGAGUCUUACUUUAAUCGAGGGUUAGAAUUUGUGUUGUUUUCACGGUUCAUUUGUUAGCUAGAAUGUAGUUAGAUUGGAGUGGUGUGGUGAAUAGUAGGAUAUUUUGUUCAUUUCAUCGUUUACCAUGAAGACCCUGAAGACAUGGAUGAAUGAGGACAGAUGGGAUCCAAUACUUCACCUUACAUCAAUUAACGAAGUGGAUUAUUUGAUAGACUAUUUUUUGGAAGGCUAGUGAUCAGAUUACUCGAUAUCUGGGUAAAGUGGAAGGACCAACCAGAGUUUGAAGCUACAUGAGAAGAAGCUCGAGAUAUUCGGUAGUGCCACAAACAGCUCAAAGACUACCAAGAUCUGUAGCAAAACCAGAAGCAGCUUGAAGACUAUCACAAGUAGUUGGCAAUGCAGAGGAUAUCAAUGGCUCAAGCGGUGGAGAUUUGUCACACUUUGACUAUUUUGCUCACAAUUUCCCCCAAUCAUAGCCUACUGAAAGUCCUCUGUCCCAAUGGACAUAACCUUAUAAAUAGAUGUAAAAUCCUUGACAAGUUCCCACCUAUACUUGGUUAACAGAGAAGACAGUCCCCUCUUGAUCUUGAGCGCUUUGGAAUGGACAUAAAUCAUUACACCCAAUGCCACCUCUUUCUACUGUUUUAUUAUUAAGUUUUGACUUUAAGUUAUAUGUUAUCUCCCUUGAUUC